AUGUUCUCCGACUUACCAUCGAACUCGUCCCCAUCCUCACCUCCCUCCAGCGACGUAAGCCUCAUCAUCGACCACCGGUACUUCCCUCACAUCGUGGAUCUGAUCUUCGACUUUGCCCCACUGGACUCUCUCUACGCCCUGAGUCGUGUCUGUUCGGAUUGGAGAGGUAGAGUUGCCAGCCAGUUCGAACACCUGGCCGGAUUCAGAUACAAGCGUUCCGAUCUCUACUACACUUUCUACUGCCCUUCGAGCAAAAAAUACCCGGACAAGCCUGAUCUUGACGGCAAUGACGAGCUCAAGCUCUUCCAGUACUGCCGCAUUCUCGACAUCGACGACUCAGACCCCGUCCGUCCACAUGCACUUGGCAAGCUGCAGCGCGAGUUGAUCCCGUGGAUUGACAUUGUACGCUUCCGGCGGCUCAAAGAUCCCGACGACCAGCCGAAGAUACUGCCCAACGUGCGCCGCAUCGUCUUCUCCGAUCCCAUGCUUCCCCGUUCGGCGAUUCUUUCCGCAGCAACCGAGAAACUGGUUGUCAACCUUUCGUCGAUCAGCAAGUACAAAUUCCGGGAAAUGGUCCUCUCAGCUCAGCUGAGGGAGGUUGUGCUGAUUGUCAAUGCCCGCCCCUGCAUCAAGCAACACAAGAGGCAGCCUCACUGCCCCGACACGCUCCGCUGUCUCGAGACCAUCAUUGACGCCAUCGACACCGAAGUUCCCAUCACCCUGGUGGGAGCGGACCAGCUUCCCAUUUCCUUCUUCCAUCCCGUCUACGCCAUCUGCGGGAACAAGUUGUAUGAAUACGGCCAGCACGUGCCCAACGUUUGCCUGAAGACCCUCGCCGAGUACAAGGCAGAGAUAGGUGAAAAGGAGUUCGCCAUUGAGAGCGGACAGGACUGCGCCCUCCGUGAAGAAGGAGACGACUUGAGGGUUUAUACAGCAAAGCUUGUGAUAAGCAGGUAUGGCCAGCACGGGGUCCGGUACCAGUACUCGGCCAAGCAGAAGACCCGCUCCGAGUUACCUGUUAAGACUAAGCACUAA